GGCAGCUGCUUCGUAACCCUUUCAACAAAAUCGAUUCUCUCGAGCUGUCGGCCAGGACAGCGCCCCUGUUACGCAAAUCCGUCACCAAAGGACUUUUUGUCCUGAUCAUCGUUCAAAGAUUGUGUUGUCUGUAAAGAGUCAUCGGUUACUUUUCAGGAUCGGCCGUCACUACAGAUUGAUCUGACGCCCAUUCCUACGACACCAACACUAUUACCUGCACCGGCUGCCCUCGAUUCAACUUCCACUUCCAAACCUCGAACUUUACACCACCAGAUCGGAUCAGACUUCUGCUACGCAACGCGUCGAUGCGCGUCACCACACCUUAGAGGUAGCAGCCAAGUGUUUCCACAGCGUCUGGCGGCCGGUCAAAACGUUACGCUUGUCCAGUCGCUUGGUCAAGGUGCAAGAAGCGCUGUCACGAACUGCAGUAUCCGCCUCGACCACACUUCUCGACCAUGCUCACCUUCCGCCGCGCCCUGGUGGCAGCGGCCUUCUUCCUCACCAUCUUCUACCUCAUAUCUUCAUCCUCGUCGAACCCUCCAUCAACAACGACACCAGCUGUCCCUAAAACCGACGCCGAUGUCGAGACAGCCAAGCAUGCAUCAACCACUGCUGUGACGGACAAGAGCUCCUCGGGCGCCAACGCCGCUCAACAAAACCCCCAGGGCCAACGACCGAUCCAAGACAUGUCACGAAUGACACUGUACGAAAAGCUCGCGUAUCAGUUUCCCUACGAUGUCGAAUCCAAGUUCCCCGCCUACAUUUGGCAGACGUGGAAGUGGACACCAGCACACGGCGAAUUCAACUUCCGCGAUCAGGAGGCCACAUGGACACAGCAACACCCUGGGUUCAUUCACGAAGUUAUCACCGACAAGGUCGCCGUACAUCUUAUCCGUCUGCUUUACGCAUCCGUCCCCGAGGUGGUGGAGGCAUACAAUGCGCUUCCCUUGCCGGUGCUCAAGGCCGACUUCUUCCGCUAUUUGAUUUUGCUGGCGAGGGGCGGCAUCUACUCGGACAUCGACACGUAUGCGAUUCGGAGUGCCGUCGAGUGGAUUCCCGAUUCAGUUCCCAAGGACGCCAUUGGUUUGGUGAUCGGCAUCGAGGCUGAUCCAGAUAGGCCGGAUUGGAAGGAGUGGUACAGCCGGAGGAUCCAGUUCUGUCAGUGGACGAUCCAGAGCAAGCCAGGUCAUCCGGUGCUGCGGGAAGUCGUUUCACGCAUCACGAAUGUGACGCUGGCGAUGAAGAGAAACGGGACACUGAGAGGCGUGGUUGACAAGAAUGUCAUCGAGUUCACCGGGCCUGCUCUCUGGACCGACGUCAUCUUUGAGUAUUUCAACGACCAGCGUUAUUUCGACAUGACACACUCGGCCGGAUCCAUCGACUGGAAGAACUUUACGGGCAUGGAGGCCUCGAAGCGGGUGGGAGACGUGGUCGUUCUCCCCAUCACAAGCUUCUCUCCUGGCGUGGGCCAGAUGGGCGCUAAGGAAUAUGACGAUCCCAUGGCGUUCGUAAAGCAUGAUUUUGAGGGCACAUGGAAACCCGAGAGCGAACGCCACAUUGGAGAAAACAAGUAAAACAUAUGCCAGUACGGCUUGGCACCAUAAUCCAGCGGCCUUCAGUUCUUCACUUCCGUUUAAUAUUGACGGCCAGGCACAUUUCCUAGCCUCGACGCUCUACAACUUGUAAUUUCUUGACGCAACUAAUUCAUCAGCAUGGUCACGGCGUUUUGUGCGUCUAUUCUACGCCUCAGCCGGGGAAAUGUCAUUUCAUAAAAAGACGGAUGGGCUGUAAGGUAUGGCGCAAUAUCGGGGAAGGGGAUAUAGAAAAGAGAGAGUGUACACAAAAGCUGGACUGCGAAAGUAUGGGCGGAGAUGAGAACUCGAUUUAGAGACAUCUUACAAUGUCAUGAUGAGAAGAAGGAGGAAAGCGAAAGAAAUGGAAGGCAGCAUUGUACACAUCCUUGUUAUACUUGCCACAAUCUUGGCGCAGUCUUGCCGGUAGAGAAAGAUAGGUCAGAAGAAAAGCACACACCAAAAAAAAAAAAAAAAAAAAGAAAGAAAUAGGAUGGCACAAGGUCCGAAAUCGUCACCGAA